AUGGAGGACCUCCCAGUCCCAGACACCACACCCCCUCGCUCCCCACUCCCCGAAGCUGGCAACGACCCCGACGACCCCCUUCGUCCAGAAACCGAUGAAGAGAACUCCACUCCCAACCCGCCUCUCGCCGCGCCGACCAUGGAUAUGGAAGCCACCGAAGACCAAGUCGAGCAGGACGGCUUAUCCGACAACGAGUCCGUGCUCUCCGAAGUCGACGAAGCGCAGUUCGAGGACUUCGACCCCGCGAACAUUGCUAUCGAGGAUCGGCCGGCUAUCGCGGUCGAUGACUCAAAUGUAGGGCUCAUCGGGGUGCACAAGCGGAAGCGGACGGAGGAGGGGGAGGGCGGGAAGAAGAAGAGGAAGGAGGCGAGGAGGGAAAAGCCGAAGAAGAACAAGAAGAGGAGGGAGGAUGACGAUGACGCGUUCAGUGGUGGGGAGGAGAUCGAGGGGAAGAGGGUCAGGAAGAGGAAGGAGGGCGGCGAGAAGAAGGAGAGGGCGAAGGCGAGGAGGGCAUCGCCGAUUGAGGACGACGAGAGCUUGACCCCGGAAGAGCGCCGAAAACGGGCGCUUGAUAGGGCUAUGGACGAAGCACUUCGGAAUCCAAACAAGCGGAGGCGCAAGGCGGACGGUAUUGAUCUCGACGGAAUGCAAGACGCUGAGAUCGAGGAAAUGCGCGUCCGCAUGACCGAAGCAGCCAAAGCCGACAACAACGCGCGCAAAGAAGGCAAAAUCGUCGUGCAAAAGCUCAAGCUUCUCCCAGAAGUCGUCAGCCUCCUAAACCGCAACAACAUCGCCAACAACCUCGUAGAUCCCGAGACCAAUCUCCUCGAAGCCGUCCGCUUCUUCCUGGAGCCGCUCGAGGAUGGCAGCAUGCCGGCCUACAACAUCCAGCGCGAGCUCUUCGCCGCGCUGGGUAGGCUGCCCAUCACCAAGGAAACCCUCAGCUCCAGCGGAGUUGGCAGAGUUGUCCUCUUCUACACCAAGAGCCCCCGCGUCGAGCCGGCCAUCAAGCGGCAAGCGGACAAGCUGCUCGCGGACUGGAGCCGGCCGAUCCUCAAGCGCACGGACGAUUGGCGCAAGCGUGAAGUUGCUGAGGCGGACUACGAUCCCACGUAA